AUGGCAAAUUUAUUACCAAGGGAAUCAUUGGAACAAAUUCUUUAUCAUUUUAAAAGUGAUAAAAAAACUCUUGUUUCUUGCGUUUUAGUGAAUAGAUUUUGGUGUUCAACAGCAUCUUCAAUAUUAUAUCAACGUCCAUUCAAAUUUCUUAAUAAUCCUUCCCCUAAACUUAUUCGUACUCUUAUUUCUUGUUUAUCACAAGAUUCAAAAGAUUUAUUAAUUAAAUCUCACGUUAAUCCCGAAAUUUUUGAUUUACCUAAUUCAAAAUUAAAUUAUCCUUCAUUUAUUCGAUAUUUGGAUUAUGAAUUAAUAUAUAAUUCAAUAUUUGAAUUAUUUAAAGAAAUUUAUGAAAAACAACAAAAUAAUAAUAAUAAUAAAUUGAAUAAUAAUAAAUUGAAUAAUAAUAACGAUAAUAAUAAUAAUUAUUAUUAUAGUUAUAAUUAUGGUAUAAUUACAAAAAGAUUAUUCACUAUUGAAUUAUUUAAAUUAAUUAUUUCUUCGACCUCUGUUAUAAAACAUCUUAUAUUAGAUAUACAACAUAUACAAGACGUGAUUAAUGAUGGAUUUAUUAAUUUUGAUAAUGAUAUUAAAUCUAUAUUAAAUACUUUUAAUUCAAAAUUUUGUUUAUCUCAAAUAAAAAAAAUUGAAUAUGGUGGUAUUGAUGAUUUGGAAAUUAUGAAUUUAUUAAAAAAUUAUUGUAAUCAAAUUAAAAGUUUAGAUAUUAAUUUUUGUAAUAGGAUGACAAAAUCUGAGAUAAAAACUAUUACUACUACUAAUACUAAUACUAGUAAUUAUAUUAAUAAAUAUAAUUAUAAUAAUAAUAAAUCAAAUAAUAAGUUAAAUAAGUCGAAUAAAUCGAUCAAGUCGAAUAAUCAAUUAUCAAAAGAUUUAAUUAAUUCUCAAUUUGGAUUAAAAAAAAUCACUUUAAGAGGAAGAUAUGAAAAUUUAGGAAAAUUAUUUUCAUCUAUUGAAACUCAAAUUCAAUCUUUAACAUUUUUGGAAUUAUUUGAAUGUUAUUUAAAUGAUAGAAUUAUUAUGGAAAUUAUAUCAAAAUUUUUUAAUUUGGAAAUUUUGAAAUUUAUUGAAUGUUAUAAUACCACUUAUGGUAAUAAGAUGAUUCCUUUAAAUUUUAAAAAAUUAAAAAGAUUUGAAUUUAAAAGAAAUAAUUUGGGUAAUACCGAUCCUUUAUUAUCAAUCUUUAAAAAUUCAACUGAAAGUUUAAAAGAAUUGGUUUUAAAUCAAAAUGUUAAUAGAAUUAUUGAUAGACAUUCAAGACAUCGUCCAAGAGUGAAUUCAAUGUUGGUAAAAUCUAUUGGUUUAUAUUGUCAAAAUUUAUUUUAUUUGGAAAUUUUUAUUACUCAAAAUAUUAUAAUUCAAUGGUAUGAUACUUUAAAAUUAUUAAAUAAUUUAAAAAAAUUAUUUAUAAAUAUUAUAAAAGAUUUAUCAAAUAAUGAAGAAUUUUGGAUUAAUACCACUAUUAAUUUACCUCCUUCUUUAUCAGCUUUAACUAUUCUUAUUAAUUAUGAUAAUUAUAAUAAUAUAUUAUGUUGGAUUAUGGAAAAUUGUAAUAUUAAUUUAGAAAUAUUACAAUUAUUGGGUAGGGGUCUAGUUGAGCCAAAAAGUAUUGAACAUAUUAUUAAUUAUUAUUAUAAGUUUGGUUCUUUAAAACAAUUGGCUCUUAAAGAGUAUAGCUAUACUUUAAAAAGGGAAAUUCUUUUAUACGUUAAAGAUUUAUUUAAGGUUUCUUUUAUUGGUCCUAUUGGUAUUUAUGAAGAAUGUCCAAAACAUUCUUCUUUAAAUAUUCGUUAA